AUGAUGGCCAUGAACGGCAAGCAGCACUUCUCCAUGCACCCUGCGCUGCACCCGGGCUCCGAGGGCAUGCGGCGGGUGUGCCUGCCUGCCCCGCAGUUGCAGCUCCAGGGCAAUAUAUUCAGCGGCUUUGAUGAGAGUCUGUUGGCCCGCGCAGAAGCUCUGGUGGCGGCUGACAUCGUGUCUCACGGCAAGAGUCACCCUUUCAAGACGGACGUCACCUACCAUACCAUGAGCAGCGUGCCCUGCACCUCCUCUUCGUCCACAGUGCCCAUAUCCCACCCUUCAUCCAACCUGCCCUCGCACCACCACCACCACCACCUCAGCCACCAGAGCCUGGAGGGGGAUCUGCUCGACCACAUUUCCUCCAGUUUAUCGGUCAGCGGCAUGGGUGCGCCGCCGGACCCGUCGGUGAUGACCACUCAAGCCCACCAGCACCACCUGCAAAUGAGUCACUUACACCAAGCCAUGGCCAUGGGCCACCCGCACACCCUGUCGGUCCACAACGGGAUGCCGUGCGUCAACGACGUGGAGUCCGAUCCCAGAGAGCUGGAGGCGUUCGCGGAGAGGUUCAAGCAGCGGAGGAUAAAGCUCGGAGUGACCCAGGCGGAUGUGGGCUCUGCCCUGGCCAACCUGAAGAUCCCGGGGGUCGGCUCGCUGAGCCAAAGCACCAUCUGCAGGUUCGAGUCCCUAACCCUGUCCCACAACAACAUGAUCGCUCUCAAACCCGUCCUCCAAGCCUGGCUGGAGGAGGCUGAAGCGGCUUACCGGGAGAAAAACGGCAAACCAGAGCUUUUUAACGGGAAUGAGAGGAAACGAAAGCGCACGUCCAUCGCGGCUCCGGAGAAGCGAUCGCUCGAGGCGUACUUCGCCAUCCAACCGCGACCGUCGUCGGAGAAAAUCGCGGCUAUCGCCGAGAAGUUGGAUCUAAAGAAGAACGUGGUUCGGGUUUGGUUCUGUAAUCAACGACAAAAACAGAAAAGGAUGAAAUAUGCAGCAGUCCACUAGUGCUGUUAGAGCAAAGUAGACAUUUUAGGAACACCACAGGGAUCUAAAGCUUUUCUUUGAAUCAUUAGAAACCUACUCCAAGUAGCCUACUACAUUUGGUGUCGCCUCCAACUGAUGGAGCCAGUGUGCGAAUUAUUCCAGGGGGGCUGUACCCCUAAAAAGGCUUGGCAAGAAGUCAAGGGGUCUUAAAAAUAUAUAAAAAAUAUAUAUGCAUUUGCACAUUUUAGUGAGGUCAAAAGUUGUAUUACAUCAGUCGUGGCCGUGUGUGCCUGUGGUAACCAACGCAACACUAGUUGCUUUAGAACUUUCACUAAACAUUAAUAUCGGAAUUUAUGUAAAACUUAUUUCGGUUUGAAUAGUGGCGCAAAAAAGGAAUUUUGGUUUGCGCGAGGUCGACAAAUCUCAAACUAUUACGUGCUUAAAAUUACUGACAGCAUCUUCUCAACUCACAGAAGGCCGAAUAAUUCGCACACUGUAGUAAUUGACCAUGUUAAACAAAUUUGAAAUUAUAUUGAUCCUUUACAGUUAACAUUACAGUGUUCAUGGUACUACGAGAAAGUAACACUACUGAAAACCGUGUAGCUACUUAAUGUGUGAUUUUUCUUUAGCUGAUUGUGAUUACACAUUGUUAUGGUUAUAAAAUAAUUACAGGAACAUGCACUGUGUAACAUGGACACCGUAAUGUAAAACGGAUAAUAAUUUAGCACUAUAUCUGGCUACUUUUGAAUCCUUGCUUUCAUUUGAAAUAAUACAACUUUUAAUAUUAUUAUUUAUUUAAAUUUUUUUUUCAGGAGAUUAACUGCUACUAAAACUUUGUUUCAGUAUUAUCACACGUGAAAUUAUAUUUUGAAGUGUGUACGUGUGUUUUUGGUAUUUAAAAAAAUAUAUUAUACAAUUUGCGCACAAUGUCUACCUUAUUGCAUACUAUCACAUGGAAUGUCAUUUGAAAUAUAUGUGUACUACAGCGCUUCUAAUAAUUGUUUGAAUGUCUUGUCGGAUGUGAAUGCAAUCACGGUGGAAAUCACAUAGGCUAUUCUCACAAACUGUCACGAUUUCUUUUUAUUUUUUCGUGAACGAUCAUCAGUUGAAGUGAUACUAAUAUGCAAAAACUGAUGAUGUAAUGAAGAAUGCUGCUAUCUGCAUUAAUAUAGCCACUGCAAUCACUCUCACGUUUAAACUUCACUUUACAAAA